AUACAUAAACACAUUUUGGUGCUGGGCAGCUGAAUGUAUUGUAGUCUUGCAAGACCUUAUUUAUAUGAAUUCAAGUGAUUGUAUGAUUCUCUUUUUGAAACAAUCCCUCUGAGCUUCAGAGAAAACACUGCAAAAGACCAAAAACUUAAGUGACUUCUUCAAGAAAAAAUGACAGAAAUCCAUGCAGAUCUGAGGAUUGCACUGCUGGGUAACAGAGGAACAGGGAAGAGUUCUGCUGCAAACACCAUUCUGGACAGAGAUGCAUUUCGAGUACAAUUCUCUGCACGUGCUGUCACUCAAAGUUGCGAGAGAAGACGACGAGAAGCGGAUGGAAGGACCAUCUCAGUGAUUGACACUCCAGGACUGUUUGAUACAUCAUUGACUAAAGAGCAACUGGAGGCUGAAAUGGAGAACCUCGCUCGCAUGUCUGAUCCUGGUCUUCAUGCGUUCCUGCUGGUCAUCAGACUGGAUGUUGGACUCACAGAUAAGGAGAAGAACAUGCUGAAAUGGAUUCAGAAGUACUUGGAAGAGACGCUACACGCUACACCUUCAUUCUGUUCACUCAUGCUGAUCAGCUGA